AUGCGCUGCGUGUGGUUCGUGCUUGCCGCUGUGCUGUGCUCCGCGGCCCUGAGCGUUGCAGCAGAGGGGGAGGCAGCAGAAAGCGUUGCGAGUGCGGCGGAAGACGCGCGUGUGGAGAAGGAAGCGAAACGUCUUCUGGAUGCGGCCAAUGCAACACUGAGCGAAGCCAAGAAACUUGCGGAUCAGGCUAAGAAACAGGCGGAGAACCUCCAGGCUGAGUCACAGCAGGCGAAGGGUAAGGUGGAGGAGGUGUCAAAGGAGGCCGAUAAACUGAAUACUUCUACACAACCGGAAGUAAGCGGUGUCGAAGGAAAUGAUGCGCAAGCUGUAAUGAAGACGUUGGGACAGCCCUUGAAAACGGCGAUGUCGACGGUGGACGCGUUGAGGCAGAAUGCCUUCAUUGCUGGCGGCAUUGCCAAUGCGGCGAUGCAGUCGGUCUAUCACUCGAUGAAGGCAUGCAGAUGCCUGUGGGAGAUGUUAAAAUCAAGGAGCAUGAGACCAUUUCUAACGCGAAAAAGGCAAUCAGCGAAUUUGCAGACGCGGAGUACUACGCGGCCGGUGUCUACGUGA